AGCGCUGUGUGUCGCUGUGCUGAAUGACAGGAGGCGUUGUGUGUGUGUGUGUGUUGUCAACGACACACUGAUCACAGCUGGAACAACAUGUCACCUAAAGACCCUCUGAUCGGCACUCUGAAAGUGUGUGUCCUGAACCUGCAGUCAGAUGGAGACACAGUGUUGGACACCAACCCUCACCUGUCCUCCUGCUGUGAGCUUCUGGAGCUGGUCCUCAGGAAGGGGCUCCAACAGCCAGUUCUCAGUCUGGUAAACAGAGACUACUGGCAGUGUUUUGAACAGCUCACACACCAAGAUCCCUGCGGCAGGCUGUCUGCCCUGUCCUUGGUGGUGGAGCAGACUAGAGUUUGCAGGAAGCUGCUCUCAGCUCAGGGCCGAGGCCGCUACCUGCUCAGACUGGCCCUCAGCCGCAAGGCUCUCCCACAGCUCAUCACACACCUGCUGCACACACCCAGAGUCCUGGAGUGGUACAGCCCGGAUGUGUCAAUCCUCAGGAAUGAGGAGUUUGUGGAGCCUUUCAUGUCGCUGCUGCUGGUCCUCUCUCACAUGGAGUUCAAACUGAACAUGGAGAACUGCAGUUUUCUGGAUGAGAGCUGGCUCCUACCGGUGUGUGAGACAUAUGAAGUGGUGCCUUGUCGGGAGGUAGGGUUGGUGUUAAGGUACCUCAGUGGACGCGUCUUCGUCCUGGACCUGAUGCCUGGUAGUCAGGCUAAUGUCGACAAGUUUAUCUGUCCUGGUGACAUUAUUGAUGAGAUCAAUGGAAACUCACUGAGGAAUUCCAAGAAUGGACAGGCAGGUGUGGUUCUGUCCCGGCUGAAGGGUUGCCCUCUAUCCAUCAGUGUUGUGCGCUGGAGGGCCCAGGAUGGGACUGUGUAUCGGCCUCUUAUCAAACUCCUGCGGGCCCUGAGGAUGGAGAACCCAAACCUGCAGCUUGGUCCCGCUCCCUCCCAGCAGUCAGCCACCGAGGACCAGAGAACCUCUCCGUCACAGUGUCUCAAAGACGGAAGGAUUGUGUAUAUUGUGGAGUUCAUGGGAAAAGCAAACAUUGGAAUGUUUGGGGGCAAGGAGGUGCUCCAGCAUGCCAUUACACAAGUAUUGCAGAAAAACCAGCCGAGCAAGGACGUGCUGCUAGACAUGAAGGAAACGCACCUGACAUGCACUGACAGAAACAGUAAACUGGAGCUGUUUGAGCAUCACUAUCCAGAGAUUUCAUGUGUAGGGAGGUACGGUCAACCGGACUACACCAUAUUUGCAUUCUGUAUAGCAGACUCCCCAGAAACCCCUCAGUCAACAGGCUUCUGCUGUGUGGCGUUCAGAGCCAGCAACAUGAAGGAGUGUGAGGAGAUUGUCUGCAGAAUUGCUGCUGGUUUCAAGCACACUGAGUGGUUUGUAUGACAUCUCAGCAGGGAGUCAACUGUUUCAUGCGCUGUAAAUAAAUUUUAAGUGUCUAAAAGAUCAUGUAUACACUGCAUUACUGACUGA